GCGCUCAGCCUCAGAGGGCUCAGCCGGGAGAGAUAAAGAGUCGGGACUUAAAGCGUCUGGGCGGUGUGACAGAGCCUCCCCGUCAAGACUCGCCGUGCAGAGUUGCUGGGCUCUCCAGUAGAGGGCAGUGCAAGAGAAAGUAAAAAUUACCCAUGUCAUCAGGUACUCGAUCCGUCUGCGCUGUCAGGAUCACACCUCUGUCCGCCAUGAAAGGCUCUCCUGACCUACUUCCCGCCGCAGAGCUGGACCCCAGUAGAGUCUGCAAAGGGAAAGGUGUUGUGACGCUAAGGGCCACCCUUGUUCAUAUCGAUGACGAAGACUGCAUCGGUGAAGAGUUAAACGCCGCCUCGACACCAAGUUGCUGGACGAGCCAGAUUAAUGGAGACGGCUCUAAAGCCGGAUUGGCUGAGGGGAGCAGCGCCAUCACAGCUGAUUUACCCACGGUAAACAACACGAUAUGCCAGGCUGAAUCACCUGAAAGGACUAAGGAAAAUCAGGUUGCGGACGCCGCUGACCUUCACAACCAUAUCACAUCCACGUCCAACUCGGUGUAUCCUUCCACCACCACAGUCAACCCUACCAUAGUCCUGCUACAACACAACAGAGACCAAGUUCCAGAAAGGGACAAAUCCCCGGAUCCUGUGAGAGACUCUCCUUCAGCUCCACGUAGUCCAGUCUCAGAUAUGGACGGCAAGCGGAUGAGGCUGUCCCUGCAUUCGCCUGCCCUACCUCCUCUCAACCAACCCGUGGUGCCUGUUCGGAAUACUGACAAGUCCAAAGACUGGUACAAGAGUAUGUUUAAACAGAUACACAGAAUACCUGAGCCUAUUGAGGAAAACCCUUACCGCCCCACCUACAUUUUCCCUGAGAACUAUGAGAGUCAAAUGAAAUCAAAAGAUGAUUGUCCCUCCUCGUUUGGUUAUUUAGAAGAUGCAAAGGGAGUCCCACGUUCAAGAAGUGCUGCUGAGGUUGACUUGAGAAGUCAGACGAUGCCAGUGCCAACACGAUCCUCCUCCCUCAAACCCUCUGCCAAAAGGAACGAGUGGGUGCCCCCGGAUAGAAAGGUAGACACCAGGAAGUACCGCGCCGAGCCCAAGAGCAUCUUUGAAUACGAGCCAGGAAAAUCGUCGGUGCUGAAGCUGGAGAAAACGACUCAGGAUGUAAGUCCAGAAGAUGUAGAUUUAGAGAAUGAGCCUUGGUAUAAAUUCUUUUCAGAGAUGGAGUUUGGGAAAGCGAGUGCCCCCUCUUUCAGCCCCCUGGAAACAGCCUCCGACCUCCAGCCGUAUUCCUCCUGUAAGUCCGGACACAGCGAGGUGGAGAAGGACAGCGGGUCAUCAGCUAGCGAGCCUGUGGCUCCAGAAUGCGACCGCCAUGUUUACAAGAGUGUCCUGGAGGGCGGCGACAUUCCCCUGCAAGGUCUACGAGCCCUCAACAAGCGCCACGCCAGUUCAUCCUCCUCCAAAGUGGAUUAUAAAGGUGGGAAUGGCUAUAUAAUUGCCCCUUGCUCCUCUGUAAAUAGUCGAUCAGUUCUUGCCAGUAAUGCAAUAGUUAACCAGUGUAAGGGUAAGAAGCCCCUAUCAGCUGCCAAAGCCUGUAUACCCCAAAUCCUCCCCUCUAAGUUCAAACCCAAGAUGCUGCCCCCUAGUGGUGACACUCAGGAGAGCAGAGUUAGGCCUGUCAGCCACCCUAAGGCGCACAGCUGUGAGGAUCUGUACACAGGGACAUGUGGCACAGACUGUACUGAAGAAGAAGAAGAAGAAAGGGGGAGUGGGCAACAUUCAGACUCUAAUAAUAUCUCCCCUGCAAUUAGAAGAAGCACAUCUGAGUUUUCCAGCCUAUACAGGACAAUGCAUCACAUCCAGCGGCCUAGCUCCGUCAGAUCCAGCCCCCACGGCAGCGUUCGCAGCCUGGCCUCUCUUUUUGAGAAGGCAACCUUCUGUGAGGAUGAAAGGUCCGAGGAUGAUGAGGCAGGACACAUUCCACGGGACGCCGUGUCGUCGCGGGUCAGUGAAUUUGAAAUGAUCAUCCAACGCUCCUGCCCAGUGCCCACUCGCUCCUCUUCCCUGCCAACCCUGCACUCCAACCACAGCCCCUGUCCCACCCACAGCCCCACCCACCUCUACAUGGCGUUGGCAGUGUCAGCUGAGUCCCUGUUGGUUGCUGACCCUGCCAAGAUGGAUACCUGUUCCCUGCAGGAGACAGAGGGCAAGUCAGCCAGGGAGGAGACCUCGACAUCAGGCAAUGAGACUACAGAGGAGAUGGUCUCUCCCUCAGAGCACAGCCACACUCUACGUGACGAGUCCCCGUCUAGCACUGAUACUGAGAUCGAGCAGGGCUUUGAUGGGAGCACCCCGGAAAAGGACCACCCAGCAGUCGGUGUGACAAAAAGCCCCCCAGCAUCGGUCAUGCUCUCCCGCACACACGUCAACAUCAACCACGAUCAUCAUCACCACCACCUGCACCACUUACACCAUCACCUUCACCUCAAACCCAGUAAGUGUAAAGGCUCCUGCCCAGCCUCCUACACCCGCUUCACCACCAUCCUCAGGCAUGAGAGACAGCAGGCCACUGCCCAGCAGGACAAGGUGCUCCCUCAGGAGAAGAAGACUACCCUCCCUGGAAACAUCCACCUCAUGGGCCCCGCUCCGUUUAGGUUGCGGAAGUCUCUGCAGUCCCACCUGGCAAGGCGAAGUUUGUCCGCCACCAAGGUGACACCGGGGAACCGGAGGGCCAGCAGUGUGUCUCCUGAGCUCAGGCCUCUCACCCCCCAGCGCCUCUCCUCCCUGGAGGUCCUGGAGAGGCUUUGCAACUGGGAGGGAAGCCACACCGACCAGUUGACUAACGGGCAGGGCUUGGACGCGAAUGGAAACCUGCUGCAGCCAUGGGCAGCUCACCGCAGAGAUUCUGACUCAUCCCCAGCUCACGGGGAGAGCCAGGAUGACGUGUUGAGGAGGCGCCAUGGAGAUAAAGAGAAAAUCUUGGAGGAGCAGCGGCGGCUGAAGCGGGAACAGGAAGAGGCCGACACAGCGUCCAGGCGACACACGGGCAUCGUCCCGACCCACCACCAGUUCAUCACCAAUGAGCGCUUUGGAGACCUGCUCAACAUCACAGAUAACACGGCGAGGAGGAAAUCUGGCGUUGAGCGAACUCCAGCCUUGGCUCGCUUCGACUUCAGAGCAGAGACUCUAAAGGAGUUACCGUUUCAAAAGGGAGACAUCGUGUACAUCAUUCGACAGGUGGAUCAAAACUGGUAUGAGGGAGAACAUCAUGGAAGAGUUGGCAUUUUCCCCCGAAGCUACGUGGAGCUCCUUCCCCCCACAGAGAAGGCCCAGCCAAAGAAAAGUGCCCCAGUACAAGUUUUGGAGUACGGAGAGGCCAUCGCUCGCUUCAACUUCAACGGUGACACGGUGGUGGAGAUGUCCUUCAGAAAGGGGGAAAGGAUCACACUGAUUCGCAGAGUUGAUGAGAACUGGUAUGAGGGCAAGAUAUCAGGCACCAACCGCCAAGGCAUCUUCCCCGUCACCUACAUAGAAGUGCACAAACGGCCCCGGGUCAAAAAUGGAGUUGAAUACCCUGAUCCUCCCUUCAGCGGUUCGCCUCAGCGCAGCACCAAUGCUUCACCUCAGCUGUACCGUAAUCGGCUCACCACGUCCCCUCUGCCCCUCCCUCGCUCCCCCCGCCGCUCCGUGUCCCCCGAGGUGCACGCCAUCUCCUCCGAGUGGAUCUCCCUCACUGUGGGGGGAGGGAGCCCCCCCGCCGCCCCUACCCCUCCUCUGCCCCCACUGCCUACUGUGUCCUACCGCUGGGGGGAAUAUCUGCCCCCCUCCCUCUCUGCCAGCCCCAUUCCUCCCAUCAUGGGCAGCCCUUACCUCACCUCCCCUACAGCCUCCCCGUCGGCCUCACCCUUGCCCCCGCCGUACCCACCACGCCCCAGCUCAGCCACUCCCUUUCUUACUUUCACCCCGCCCCAGGGGGAGGACUUCCUGCUCUCCCCUCCCUCCCCCCGUCUGUCCCGCAGCAUAAGCCCCUGUGGAGGGCCGGUGCUGGAGGGCUGGUUGAGGGGGGAUAGAGAGUUGACAGAGGGGGAAGGAGCAGAGGGAGACAGGGGCAGUGGCCGAGAAGCCCCGGGCAGCUGGCGAAAUAGCCCCGCGGAGUUGAUGAGAAAUGAAAGCGACUUGCAAGGGCCGACCUCAAGAAGCCCUGUCAUGUUGUUUGAUAUCCACGAUAACAACAAUGCUAACUCAUUUGCGGAGGCGGUGUGUAAUGAGAUCAUGAAUAUAGCUGAGACCUCGGUGAGGUACUGCAGCACCUUGUCCCACCCCCAUGACUCUGUCCACAGACUAGCCCCCCACCCCAGUAAAAAAUCUUUCAUCAUUUCCCAGCAACCCCAGUCCCACAGCAGCAGCCCGGAGCCAAGUCGUCUCAGCUGUGGAAUUUUCCAGGCUUUGUACAGUUAUGUGCCACAGAAUGAGGAUGAGCUGGAGCUGAAGGAGGGCGAUCUCGUCAGCGUCAUGGAGAAAUGUGAUGACGGCUGGUUUGUUGGUACCUCAAAGAGGACAAAACAGUUCGGGACUUUCCCAGGGAAUUAUGUGAAGGAGGUGAAACUGUAAAGCUUCCUAAUCUGGUUGUAAUACUUGGUUGCCUGUGCGGUCUCAGAAGUAAUUGCUAUUGUGCAUAACUGUUGGUUAGACGAGUCACUUGGCCGGGUGAACACAUCAGUGUGGAGGUGUGUUCGGUUGCACGAGGUGAAGACAAGACAGCUGUCGACCCCCCCAGCCUAGCUAGACCUCAGUACGCUAUAUAAAUACCUUGACCACACUUUAAACACUGCUCGGCAGAACCCAUCCAAAUUUCCCAGUGUGGGGAUUUCAAAAUAAAGUUCCCCUCAAACUGUCAGUCGCCAUUAUUGUACAUAGUAACCUCGUUUUGUCAGUGUAAUUUACAACGAACAAGUGUUUACAUAGCACCUCACUCCGGAGGCCAGCAGCAAAGCAGUGUAUAGAGUGAAGCGUGGAACACGCUAUCUAGAUUUGGAGUAAAAAAUUAAUUAUUUUUUGAUGUGAGAUUGAAGCGGCUUGUUCAGCACUAGAGGUGCUGUUGUUUCAUUAUCGGCUCUUUUUUUUCUGACACAUUCAAGGACAGGAACGAUAUAUGUAAAACCCCAUGAAGAAGACUUCUUCUUCAGUGAACCCAACAGCCUCCGUGACGUUUUGUUCUGUCGUGUGAAAUCAAGUAUGAAGCGAAUGUUAUAAGAUUUUCUACAUUUACAGUUACUAAAUAGUUAUCGCCUUCUUUUGAGAAAAAAAAACCCACAGUACACACACACUCACUGUAGUCCGGAAGCUUCCAAUGCCAGUUCAGUAUUGCCUUCGUUUUCUGUCACUGGUGUAUUUACGUGCACAUGACAGAAUAGUUGAAAUGUUUGAUUAUAAUGUCAACUUUUAUUUUUCUUAAAUAAGAAUAAGAAAAGUUACAGUCUUGCCCUUUACACACGUGUAAGGGCGUGUGUGUGUGUGUGUGUAUGCAUGGCGGAUUCACUGAGGUGAAGCAUCUCUUUUGACGUGUCAUCUUAUAUGUCAUACUUUUUCAUUUAAAUUAUUUGACCAUAGGUGAUGCCUGUAAGGCAGUUGGUAGUUCAACAGAUGAAUAAGCUAGCCUGGCUGUAGCAUAACCACAGGACAGGCACGGUAGCACUUAACUUCCUGUUUUGUCAUCUUUGAAGGAUUUUUUUUUUCUGAUAUUACCGCAGCUUGAUCAAUUAUGACACAAAAAAAAUGAAUUCGAUCCAGUAAAGGAGAGCCAGCGGGCUAUCUUAUAAUGCAGCCAUCCAGAUUUUUAAGGGCAUGCUAAGUUUUUAAAUAUAUGUCCUUGCUGUCCACACUUUAUAUUCCAGCCAACACUGAAGCUUGUUCAGAGGCUCUCCAAAUACAGCCACAUAUUUUCAUAUGUAAUCCAUAAAACCUUUUCUUACAGUUAUUGGAAUGACCCUAUAGGGUAUUUAGGUCAAGCAUCAGUACAGCAUGUGAAAGAAAAUCACAGAUCAACAAACGGAUUUAAAGCAUGAAACGAUACAACCAAUGCCUCAAUAUUUUUUAUCUUUAAGAAGUGCAAGAGUCAUCAGAAAGCCAAUUCUCCGGUCCGUGAAACAGAGCGGCUCUCUCUCGAGGGGGACGGCUUGUAAUUCUGGUGAUUAAAGCGUCGGACCCGUCUUCCUGAGAGCACACAUAGAUCCCCCGUCUCAAGCACCCACAGACGCCACAUGUCAGUAGAUCCUCUGAAGCAGUAGAGCGAAAGAUGGUGCCCAUUGUUGUGAAGCUUUCUUUCCCUUUGUGUUUUUAUCACUCCUCAUCAUCAUCAUCAUCAUCAUCAUCCAGUGCAACGGACUCAUUAGUCCUUUCAAACAGUGUAUGUGGACACAUUUUGGCGCUUGGACUACAAAAUGUAUGGGGGUUCGCCACGUAAGACACAAUACUGAAAGGGACCGGGGUGUCCGUUAAGUAUACUUUAAGAGAAAAAUGAGCUGAUUCUACUGGGAUUUUGUGUUGAUGGUUAGCGGUGUGGUAAAUUAGCAAGACAAAUCAUCGAUUAUCAACAGAAAAUCUACAAAUAGUAGAGAUGUCUCAAGAGUCCGGAUACGUCAUAGUCCCAGUCUAUACGUUAUUGAUCCAGUGUAGGCUCCAGCAUGCCGCGACCCCAGUUGGGAUAAGCGGCUUGGAUAAUGGAUGAAUGGAUGGAUGUUUAAAAUACGUUAUACAGACAGAUUACCUGUAUGCCUUCAGUUAAUGUGUCCGACACACGGCGGGUAUAGUCAUCGUGUGUUUCUCUGAAUGUGCUGGCUGCAGUUUUGCAGUGAUGACGAACGUUGGGCUGGUUGAGUUGAAGCUGUAUGUGGCGACCACUUGAUGGGGUUGUGUUCACAUAUUUCACUUCACUAGCACAGGGUUUUUAUCCUCGAUCUCAUUUGCUAUGGAAACCGAGUGGAUAUUUCAGUCUAUGGAGAUCAGUACUACCAGUUUUGCCGUGACUCAACGAGAGAACGUUUGUUCAAUAUUAUUAAAAAAAAAUACAAUUCACUGCUUCACACGUGUCUCCCUGUGAUACCUCCGACGUGAUGAGGUGUUUCAUUGAACCCGAGGAGCGUGAUUUUAAACCUGCUCCUGAGGGCUGAUGUGCCGAUCGAGUCGCUCAUGAAAGCGUUGAUCAGCUGGGACUCUAGAAUAAGUUGUAAGCCAUUCCCAAUUCUAACGCUUGCUCGCCGUACCGUCUUUUUCCUAACAAACAGGGAUGUGCAGAUAGAUGUGGCCCAUUUCAAAUAGACUGGAUGAUUGAUUGCCAUCGACAAAAAAAAAACAGAAACAAUCACUUAUUGUGUUUAGAUAAUAACCCGAGUUUAAGUCACUACACGGUGGAAUAUUGAUAGAAUGUGCUCCAUAAAACAUCGUGGGAUGUAUGAAUGUACGAAUAUAUGAAUGUGGGGGCAAUGUACACAGAAUAUGUAAAAAAAAAAAAAGAUCAGAUCUUUCCUCUUGUAUGAACAUGCGAGCUAUCAAGCAGCAUGACACAAUAAGGAUUGUAAAUAUGUAAAAUAAAAAUAGGUUGCAAGUGAUGGGAAGUCAAAGUAAGCAUUCUGUCAGUUGUACCAGUUUAUAUGAAAGAGUUUGGCGAAGCACAGGAUGAAGCGUUGUUGAGCACAGGUGUUUGAUGCAUAGGAACAUUACGCUGCCAUUUGUGAGAACUAUAAUGCCUUAUGUUGGAUGCAGAAUUGUGCCUCAUUUUCAUUAACCGUUCCCCUGUUUUGAUCGUCACUGAAAUGUAUCCAUUACAUAAUUAAUAUUCUCAUUGUUUUCCCAUUGUCCUAUUCUAUGUGACGGGAGAAUAUUAACUAAAAAAAAACUUGUCAGUUACUGUGCAAGUACCUAAAGUGCAACAUGAUGCUUCAAAUUAAUGAUUAAUUAUGAUAAGAAUGGAUGCCUUAGUUUGGCGAAAAACAACCUGCAACAGGUUUUGUUAGUUUGCUUAAAUUUGCAGUGCUGUUACAAUGACAAUAUUAAAAUAAAGAUGAUACUAUACACUGCUGUGAUUUCGGUAUUAUGCAAUAUUCAAUAAACCAUAUAAAAUA